AUGCGUAAUAGGUAUACUAACGUCCUUUGUCCUACAGAUGCCGCUCUCUAUGUUGCUAAGCAAGCUUUCUCUAAGGCUCCGCAGCCGCGUCUACACAGCAUCUUUUUUCUAGUACAAGUUGUAAUUGUAGAAGAAGAUUCGAACGUCCUUGUAAAAUGCUGUAGGAAUGUCUUGCGGGAGGAACUGGUUAAUCUAGUUGCUGUCUUUAAGUCCCUAUGUUGUGUUAGGAUUCGAGCCGAGGCCGUGCACGAAGAUGAUACUAGACAAUAG